AUGUUGCGGCCUGUUCAGGGCGGCGAUUUCUUGGAUGUGGCGCUCCUUGCAGGGCUGGCGACGCGGGCUCGGCGGGAGGCAGCCAGGCUACAGGAGGAGAUGACACGUGUCCUCCGUGACGUGGAGAAAGCGCGCGAAGAGAGCGCUCGCAUGGGGGAACGCGCCGCCGCGGCGCUCGAAGACGCGGCGGACGCGAUAGAAGCAGCGGCUAGGGUUGCGAUUCGGAAUGGCGGGAAGAAGGGGCGGUCUGGGGAAGGCGGCGCGGGAGGGAAGGGGGGGAAAGGGGGAGCGCGGGCGACGGAAAUGGCAUUAGGCGGGUGGUGGGGGGACGGAGGAGUAAGGUUGAUUAAGGUUAAAGUGCCAGAUCGACACGCCGGGGGGUGUCUGGAUGAAAAGGGCGGCUCGGGAAAAGGUUUAAAGCUGUAUGUUGCGCAAUCCGACGCGGAAGAUGCGGGGGAGGCGGAGGUACUCGGAGAAGAUGACGUGUCGGACGAUGGUUGGGCCGCGCUUUCGCUCGAUGGCGACUCGGGGAGUGAAGGUAAGGGGGAUAUUUUAGGGACUACGAGAUUAAAGUCGAGAGUGUUAGGGUUGUAUGGCAUGCGUCCUGGAGAUGGUCGCGGAGGGGCGGUGCGGGACGGUUCGGAUGGUGAAGGAAUGGAGGAGGAAGAGGAGGAGGAGGAGGGGGGAGAGGACGAGGAGGAAGAAGAGGAAGAAGAGGAGGAAGAGGAAGAAGAGGAAGAGGAGGAAGAAGAGGAUGAAGACAGGGAGACGAGGUUCAGAGGCUUUAUCCCUGCUGGUGGUGGUGGAGGUGGUGGUGGGGAGGUGGGAACUGGGGGCGGUGCCUCUCCUGGGAGGGAUUCUAGCCCCAGAGGGGGUGUGAGGGGGGGAGGAGGGACCGUGGUAAGUCCAGGUAGAGAUCAGCAGCAACAGCAGCAGAAGCAGGGUAUCAGUGGGGCAACAGGAGCAGGAGCAGGAGCAGCAGCAGCAGCAGCAGCAGAAGCAGGGACGCCGUUUCAUGUUCCCACCCCUCCCCCUCGCUCCCAGCUGCCAGCCAAUCGCUCCCCCGCCCAACGCCUAGCCGCCUCUGCUCUCGUCCGCCACGCCUCAGUAGAUCUCUCAGCCCUGCGGGGCGGAUCUGGGGGAGGCUUUACCUGGGGCAGCGCGAAUCCCAGAUUCGCUGUAGACAGACUCAACAUGCUUGGGACUUCUUUAGGUCCCACCUCCCCCGGAUCACCCUCCCCCGGUUCCCCCUCCUCCCGCUCCCACCACUCCCUCGCGCCGAACCUCCGCCCGCAAGUGCCGUGGCUGCCGGCCACCGACCCUGAGCUGGCGAACCUGCCGGUUCGGCGGUUUGGCUCGGGGAUUCCGGGGCGGGGGGCAGGUUCGGUGACGAUGAGUGAAGCAGAGCUGACUGCGUUUGUGAAGGGGACUCCUCCUAGUGGGCUGGGUAGGACGCUUAGUGGGAUUGCGGGGGUUGCCAUCCACUUGGAGGUGGCUGCUGCUGCUGCUGCUGCUGGCGGUGCUGGUGCUGUUGGUGGUACGAAUAUUCACAGCCUAGGGGAAGGGGUGCCUCGUCUCAUGUCGUCCAUUCUCAUGGAGGAAGGCGGGGCUUCUGCUGCUGCUGCUAGGGGCGGCAGUCACCUGGGCGGCACUCACCUGGGCGGCAGUCCCCUAGGGAUUGCCCGCACUGCAUCGCUUUCGCCGCCCAAUUCUGGGGUGGGAGGCGGGAGGUUGCUUCCUCCCCAUUUCCUCAGGUUGACUCUGGGGCGUGUUGGUGAUACCGCAGGGGAGGGAGUUGGAGGGGGAGGAGGAGGCGGGGGAGGGGGAGUGGGAGGAGUGGGAGCAGCAGGAGGAGCAGGAGCGUCAGGAGGAGGGGGGGGAGGAGGGGGAGGAGGAGGAGGGGGAGGGGGAGCAUGGGCAGGAGGAUGGGAAGGAAUUGUGGCCCAUAGAAAGACUGGCAGCUUAUCCCUCCUCUCCCGAACCAGCUCCGCCGCACCCAGCUUCGGCACAGCCUCGCCAGCCGGAGGCUCGGCAGCAGGCUCGGCAGCAAAUUCCCCUCUAGGGAGUGUAUCAUCUGGAUUCAGCCUAAGUCCUGGUCUAGCCACUCCCCCCUCCCCAGCAUCCUCGUCCGAAGCCCCCUCCCCUGCCCCUCACUCUCCUCUCGCUCCUCUCUCCCCGCUCUCCCCUCUCUCUCCUCUCCCUUCUUCCGUCCUCUCCCUCUCGCCGCUCUCCCCGCUCUCUCCCCCGGCCCGUACCCUCUCCUUUGGGGGAUUCUUCCCUGGGGAUAAUGGGCCUGGUGGUGCUGCCACCGCUGCUGCUGCUAAUGCCAGCACUGGCACUGAACGGGAUGAGCAUACUGCAGGUGGUGGUUCUGCUGCUGGUGCUGGUGGGUUUAGAGGGGACAGUGACAGUAAAUCUGGUACAGGUGCUGGUGGUGCUUCUAGUGCAGCAGGCGGGAUUGGGGGAGGUGGUUUGAGGGAGCAAGAAGGAGGUUCGGGUUACGGUGUCGGCGGCGGCAGUACGGUUACAUCUGAUGAUGGCAGCAGCAGCGGUUACAUCUCCGCAGGUACGCGUGGUGGCGGUUACGUGUCAUCUGGCGGAGCGGGCGGCGGUUACAUGUCAGGUGGUAACGCGGGCAGCGGUUACGUGUCAUAUGGCAGCAUGGCCGGCGGUGGGGGCGGCGGUUACAUCUCUGCGUCAGACGACGAGAGCGUACACGGGCGGCUGGACAGGUGGCGGGAAAAGGGACUCGAUACAAACACAGAGGGCGAAACAACCGAGGGGGAUUACGACACAGAGAGGGAGGAGAGGGAGGAGGCGAAGAGGAGGGAAAGGCAGGAACGGUUGUGGCGGUUGGAGAAAAGGGUAGAGGUGGAGGAAUAUGAUACGGACCAGGAGUUGGAGCUUCGGCGGGAAGAACGGCAGCUGGCUCGGCAGCAGGCUCGGGAGAAGAGGUUAGGCUUGGCAGCAGAGAUGAUGAAGGCGGAGAUUGAGAAGGCGGCAGCUGCGGUGGGAGGUUUGGGAGGAGUCCGUUUGGGGGGAGCCCCUUACACAGCCCCUUGGGGAGUCCCCGUGGGGGGAGUCCCUUAG